CGCGACAAAAAAAUUUGUAGUAAAUAAAUGCACAUGGUGUAACGAAAAUGGGCAAUAUUUAGUGCACAAAAAUAGUGUUUUUGACCCAUUUUCUUGAGGAUAUCUUGGGAUUGUUUCCUGAAUAAUGGUGAACUUUAUAUGUGAUGCUUGUGGACAGACUAUCAAGAAGCAAAAAGUUGAAAAGCAUUAUCAAACUGAGUGUAGACGUUGUAGUGUCUUGUCCUGCAUAGACUGUGGAAAAGACUUCCCUGGUGACUCUUAUGCAUCACAUACCAGCUGUAUCAGUGAAGCAGAAAAAUAUCAAGGAAAAUUAUACAAGGGGAAGGAUAAAGCAAAUAAGGGGGAGCGGAAACAGCAAGAAUGGCUUGAGGUAUUAAAUUAGCCUGCAACUAACCAGACUCUAUGUAUAAAGGGUCUGGGUAUCCACGUUAAAAAAAAAUUAAUUGCCUUGAUGUUACACUCUGAUUUGUCAUUUGACCCCAUGCCUGUAAUCUAGCCCUGCCCACCCUCCACAUUUUUGCCCCCCCCCAUGCAUACAAAGCAUUCUUUGGAUAAUUUGUGACCAGGAUGUGUAUAUCUACCCUAACAGGUGCCUAGUAAGUGUGUAUUGUGGUGUAAUUAAUAGUAACUUAAUUAACCCAUUGAGUGGCAGCACUCUCCCCCUGACAAGUAAAAUCGUCUGGCAUUAGACAGAGUAAAAUAAUAAAGUAGGGUGCAUCUGGCACAUUGCCACUUAAAAGGUUAAUAUAAUUAUCAUUUAUAUUUAUGAUUGCUAAAUGCAGCAAGUACGUAAUGCAUCUGGCGACAGUAGCAACCAAGAUCCCCGUGUUCGAAAACUGAUGGCCAAAAUUACAUCUUACAAUAAUGUGCCUAGGAAAGAAGCAAAAUUUAAGGUAGGUGGUUAUAAUGUUGCAUGUCAGUAUCAACCCACUAAUGCCAGUGUGAAUUUUAUGUUAGGAUUUAUUCUACCAGAUGCCAUUAUAGACAUCACCAACAGCAAAUGUUCUAGUCAAACCCCAUGUACAGUAUUACUUAUUUGGAUGGGUCACCUGACCCAUCCAGUAAGACACUGAAACAAAUCAAAUGUAAUACAAUGAAACAUUCAAGAACAUGUUCCUGCUUAAUGGUUUACAACUGCAAUUAAAAAUAGUCUUAUUAACCUUUGAAUAUCCAGGAACCUGACUCAUUAAUUGAUUGCAGUAAAUUAAUUUGGUAAGUGUAAUUGUCACAUUUACUUCCUUUAGAAAUUUUGUGAAAACAGCAUUAACAUCAGAGAUCAAGCUUUACUUGAGAAAUUAUGGCAAACCUUUUCAGGAGCAAGGGUAUGUUUCAAAAGAGGAUAUUUACUGAAUAAUUAUUAUUUAAAAAAUGCAACAUGAACUCUGAAAAGAACAGCAUAGGUGCACACUGUACAGGGCUGAUUCUUUCCAGAGAGACAAUUGAAAAAUGUUAUAGAGGAUUGCAAUGAAAUAACCUGAAUUUAACAUUUUUUGCCCAAAUGAAGUGUCUGACCAUAUUUGGAAGUUUUUUAUUGAAUUUAUUAAGUUUCCUAAUAUCAAAUUUUAUUUUGGUCAGACUUUUUUUCAGACAAUUUUUGAACUUGUUUAUUGCCAAUUUUUGCUUUUAGAACCAAAAUGUGUCAAAAGAUGAAAGUAAUGAUGAGCAAAACUCAAGUAAAAAUGUCCCAGAGGAAAAUAUUGAAACAGCUUGUGGUGGUGAGAAUGGCAUUUCUGAGAGCUCUGAAAGUAAAACUGUUGAGAUGAAAAACCAAGAAGAAGAAAAAGAAGUUGAAACUAGUCAAAAGAGCCACAAGGAAUCAAAACGUGAGAGAAGAAAGAGGCGUAAAAUGGAGGCAGAAUUAGUCAGACAGGUUGAUGGAACUGAAGAAGAAAUUCUGGAAAGAAAAAAUAAAAGUAAACGAAAAAUGGAAGAACAACAACAAGAUGGUAAUGAAGGAGAAACUGUUGGUAAAAAUAAGAAGAAAAAGAAACGAAAAUAUGAUGAGAUAGUUGAAAGAGAACCAAAUGAAGCAGAAGAGAAUGAAAGUGAAAAAGGACAGAAUGAUGAACUUGGAAAGAAAAAGAGAAAAUUAAAGAAUCUAGAAAAUAUGGGUGUGUGUAAUUUUGAGUCGUUUUUGUGAAAAACACCACAUUUAUUUCACAAAGUUACAAGCCUAGAUCCUCAUCAAAGGCUACAAGUAUUGAAAUUAUCCAAGUUAGUUACAAAAAUUAAAUUUACCGUUUUUAGAACCCAACAUGUUGUCCCAAGAUUGUCAGCAAGAACAAAACGAAACUGGGCAUAAUGAAGAAACUGUUGAAACACAAGGUUUUAGAACUGGAAUAGAUUAUUUCAUUGUUGCACUUUUCUACUCCUAGUUAGGUCAGCGGAUGUGUAAAUUUUCGAUCGAAAUUCCCAUCUUCAACAUUUAGUUUUCAAGAUGCUCAAAAUCCUUAUAUUUACCGAGAUUUUGUUAAUUAUUAGUCAAUGAUGAUUCCAUUUAAAUCUAUGACCGCUAUUUUACUUUCAAAUUUAUUCUAUCAGAAAAAUUCAGAUGGGAAGCCGUCAUCAAGAAGGUGUUAAAAUCAGCACCUGACAACGAAAUGGCUGUAAAGAAAUUACGGAAAAAGGUAAUCUGAGUUUAUUUGAUAACCUGUAAAAUACUGCAGCAGACGUUUAGCCAGGGUGUCAAAACUAACCGUCAAAAAAAAUGCCGUGGGUGUGGCAACCUAUUUUCAUGCACGUUGGCAAAAAACAUGGUGCUUGAAAUCAAUUGUCCCAUACUCCAUACUUCUGUUUUUAUUAACCCUCCUUGACAUCUUUCAGCAGUCGGGCUAUUAGGGAGUGUACGAUCUGCGACGCGGCCAGCUCAACGACGCGGUCUAAAUUUUAGCUCAAGAAUGAGCGCUAAGCAAUUUGAUUAGUGACAGUAACAAAUAUUUGACUCUUUCAAAUAACCUUACAAAAUGCUACGUUCGGCUAAAGCGAUGCAAUGUUUGCUGUAAUUUCGAAUUUUAGUAACACCUCUUGUGUCGCAUUAAGCUUUCGCGUUGCCUGAAAGACGUAAUGCUUUUUUAACGUUGUGUUGAGAAUGACAACGCGGUUGACAAUACUCAUGGGACCACGAAUUAUUGACAGUUUUUGUCUUGUAUGACAAAUUUCUUUAUAAGUUGUUUGUAGGUUUGCAUGGCGAUAAAACACAUAAUGCUAUUGUUUGUGGAAACACCAAAUUUCUUUGUUGUAUCUGCGCGUAGCGCUAGAUACUAUGCUAUCGAGUUGUGUGCAUAGAGAUUAUAAAUAACACUAGAGGAGGCAUCGAGUUUAAAAAUUGGGAACGCAGCUAAUGGGGGGCAAAUUCAAGUCCCGGAUAUAAAAUCGUGCUCUCAUUGGCUGAUUUGAAACUCGUCACCAAUGGGAACACGAAUACACAUCCGGGACUUGAAUUUGCCCCCCAAUAGUCGCGUUCCCUUUUUUUUUACUGAAUUAAGAUUACAAUGCCUCCUCUAGUGUUAUUUAUAAUCUCUAUGGUUGUGUGUGCGUUAAACACUCAGGUAGACUAAUUAGGGAUGUACGCCUGCGAACAGGCAGUAAAACAAAUAUGGCUGCUUUCUCGCAGAUACAUGUACGCCAAGCGUACCUAUUUUUUUGAAAGCGCGUCGUCGAGCCAGCCGCAUCGUAGAUCGUAAACUCCUUAAUAAUUCUCCCUUGACACCUUGUAAUCAUCCACUAGUGGGAACUAGUGCAGUAGUGUGGGCUUGGGUGACGUGCUCGGAGACCAUCUAUUUACAUUUAUCCAUGCCGUACCAAGAACUGCAAGUAGUCUAAACGGGGCACGUUUCUGCCUUGCAUUUGCAGGUUGUCAAUGAAUUCUUAACACAUGGUGGAGACCCAAGAUCAAGAACAGAGCAGGAACUUCGAGCAUUGUUUGAGAAAAAACUUCAUAAAAAUCCCAAAGUUAAAGUUCACAAAGAGAAAGCAAAGUACUGUAAGUAAAGCACAUGCUUUACUGUCAAAACCUGUGGCAAGCAUGUCGGGUGAAACCCUUGUUUAUGCGUGACUCACGCUAGUGAGGCGCUGUUGUAUGUUGUAUUUUCAUAAGCUUCAUUUCUUCUUGGUCGCAACUGUGGUCACCAAGUCAUGUGACAUAACCUACGUCAUAGACUCGUAGCCUUCAUGAUAGAUUGUCUUUAAUAUUAUUUAUAAACAUAUCUAAUUACAACAUUUAUGUGCAUCGAAUAUAAAACAUUGUUCUCGGUUCUUGAGACGAACAUAACUCUUAUAAUAUUAACUUUAUACAAACCAUUUCUGGUCUUCAUUUAAUUUUUAACAAACACUUGCAACAACAUAGGCAACCCUUAGGUACUGGUCAAAACCAUUUCCGGGAUACCGAUACGGUAUACAAUAGCUAAAAAAAGUGUUUUCCCAAUAGGCAAGUUUCAGGAUCAUCCGCAGUAGUGAUGUUUUUCAAAUUUAGCUUAGCGACUGUUGUAGUUGGAAAUAACCAGUGAAAAUAACAUGAAGUAAAAAUACAAAGUUUGAACGUUAUGUUACGUCAUGUUAAGUCACUGCAGAAGUUACAUGCGCUAAAACAUUUGCCCAACGAAAUCACAUUGAUUUGCCCUAAAAUAUGAUGUUUAUGAAGAUUGGGGAUGUAACACCCCCCCCCCCCCCCCCAUCCAUCCACACAUUCCUCCGAUAGUUUCGCCCAUGCCUGCAGUCCUUAACCCUAUUACAUAAACAGCGUAUACAUGAAUCUAUAACCAUAUUAACUACUACUGCGCAUGAUCCUGAAACUUGCAUAUUCCUUUGACUGCCACAAAUUUUCUGAACUUUACAAAUAAAUAUUUUCAGUCUUCUUCCAUAUCCUCUUCUUGCGUUGCGUCUACGUGGGUCGUUCGCCGAGUUGGAAUCAUCGGUUUCUUGAUCUUGAAUGCGCUAACAAUAUUC